GUUACAAUUAAUGCAGCACGCUGUCGUCGGUUGCAGAUCCAGGAGUAAGGAUGCAGCGAGACAAAACAAGCAAUGCCGGGGGGGCUGAAAAGUAAGAAAACAGCUCUUUAUCAACGCUGUUAUAAUACCACAGUAUUUUGAACAAUCUAAAUGAAACAUGUGUAAUCAAAGCUGGUUUGUGAUUAAGCUGAAUGUUCUAAUAUUUGACAAACUGUCCUCUCAGGCCUGACCGGGAGGCCGCCAUCAUGUCGAAAUACUACGAUGGUGUGGAGUUUCCUUACUGCGACGAGUUCUCAAAAUACGAGAAGAUGGCGAAAAUCGGACAAGGGACCUUUGGGUGAGUGAAUGUGUAUAUAUAAUAUAUUAUUUCAGGUCACUACGGCUUUAUCUGACUGACAAUGAAAUGAGCAUUUCUGCACACCUUCUGCUUUCCUCGACUACACUGAACCAGGUCUCGAUCCAAAACCACUACACCCAGACUUCUCAGAGCUGGACUUGAUAAUCCAGGUUUCCUGAAACACAGUUUAACAUUUGCAGAACCUUUACCUUAUUCAUAAAAAUGAAUUACUUGAAGGUUUCUUUUCCCCUUGAAUCAAAUACUGAUCCUGGAACACAGUACCUACAGGUUUCUACAAUUAGACAGAAAACGGUGAACUUGCUCUUUAUUGCAUUCACUAAAAUAGAAUAAAGGUUACACACAUCUGACACUCAAUUUUAAGAAGAUUGUAGACUCUUAGUUUAAAGUGUCCCAGGCUACAUUUAGGAGUCAAUGUGUUUUGUUUUGGAUUGAUAUUAACCCUCUCUUGAACUCUCCAAUUACAAGCUGUGAGCAGAUGCAGGCAGCCACAUCAUGGGAUUUUUAUGUUCAUUCAUUAACAAAAUCACACCUUUCUAAUAGAGUAUCUCUUAAAGUCAAUGUCAAUGUCAGCUUUAUUUAUAUAGCACAUUUAAAAACAGCCAGUGGCCUACCAAAGUGCUUUACAGUAAAAUAGCCAGAGACAGUGAAAACUAUAAAAACAAUAAAAGCUUAAAAAAACAAUAUAGUUAAACAUAGCAAAUAAAUAAAGUACCCAAUAAAAGUAGCUAUACUUCCCCAAAAGCUCAAGUGCCCAGGUGCGUCUUUAGAAGUGUUUAAUAGUGGAAAGGCUGUUAGCAGUGUGCACUGUCAGAGGUUAAGCGUCCCACAAAGUGGGAGCCAUGACAGAAAAUGCUCUAUCUCCUCUAGAUUUUAAAAAGGAUAGAGGAACGUCUAAAACCACCUGAUGCCUAUAAAGGGAGAGUUACUAAACUCAUGGAAGUCUAGUUCAAAACAGUGAAAAAAAUCUUGUUGGUUUGCUUUGUAGAUGUUCAAAAUCCACUGAUCUUCAGAGUCUCAGUCCUUUCAGUGAAUGUACGUUAAAUGUAUUGUGAUUGUUCUCCACAGGGAGGUGUUCAAAGCAAAGCACAGACAGACUGGUAAGAAGGUGGCUCUGAAGAAAGUGUUGAUGGAAAAUGAGAAAGAGGGGGUGAGUGAACUGAAAAAAACGAGUUUUCAGCUAGAGAUGUAACAAUACCCACAUUUUCAUUCUGUGAAAAUACUUGCAAAACCAAUUUCUGAUCCCUAUUUCUAUACCACAGUCACAAAACUGAAAGCAUCAAACAGCUAUUUCUUGACACAUUUUCUUUGUAAUCAUAAAGAAAUUUCAUAAAAUCCUAAAAUAUACAAAAAUUCUGAAGAGCUUAAUAAAUGUGUUAUUAAACAGAUACAAACUCUCAUAAACUUUUUUGCUUUGUUUCAGUUUCCGAUCACAGCUCUCAGGGAGAUUAAGAUCCUGCAGCUGCUCAAACAUGAAAAUGUUGUCAAUUUGAUCGAGAUCUGCAGAACCAAAGGUUGGUGUCCCACUCUCUAGUUUGUAAAUCUGCCCCCCAAAAUUCCAAAAUUCUGCUCUUAUGUGUUUGCUUGCUUGUCCGGGAAACAGGGAACACACUCUGUGUUUCAAUGAAAGUAAUGACGUCUCCUCUCUGUGUUUGUUCUUGCAGCCACUCAGUUUAACAGGUACAAAGGCAGCAUCUACCUGGUGUUUGACUUCUGUGAACACGAUCUGGCCGGACUGCUGAGCAACACCAACGUGAAGUUCACUCUGGCAGAGAUUAAGAAAGUCAUGCAGAUGCUGCUCAACGGUCUUUACUACAUCCACAGGAACAAGGUGAGGCUUCCAGAUCUACAACAGAGACCUCAGUCAAAAGGACUAAGUCAGCUUCACUCUGAGCUUAAAUAUGGUUCUCAUCAAAGAUCUGCAAGAGUGUUCCUGCAUUUUAUUGGCACCAUAAAUACUUGACUCAUGAUAUCACCUGUUCUUGGAUCAGAUCUUGCACAGAGACAUGAAAGCAGCCAACGUGCUGAUCACCAGAGAUGGCGUCCUGAAGCUGGCUGACUUUGGUUUGGCUCGAGCCUUCAGUCUGGCUAAAAACAGUCAGGGGAACAGAUACACCAACAGAGUGGUCACACUGUGGUACAGACCUCCAGAGCUGCUGCUGGGUAAGACACCAACAUAAGUCAUCACACUUAGUGCAGAAAGAUGCUCAUACACUCCCUGGAUUAUGUAGUGUAAAUGGAAGAUCCACACGAAUGAUCAUUUUGACAAGCUUUACUGGUUACAGAUCUGGGUUACAGCUUCAUCAUGCCACAACUGUAACAAAGCGUAACAAAGUGUAACAAAGAUUGGUCUGAGACCGUUCAAGUUUAUAUAGCUGUUCACAUUUCUAAACAUACUGCUGACAUUUAGUUGACCUUAAGAAAAAUCCAUGUACGGUAAGAACAAAGGACAACAUAUUUUAAGGAGCCUUAGGGAACAUAUGGAGGGUCCAUUGAAGGAAAUACCAUGACAGAACGUAUUUUGGGGACCUGUGUGAUGUAAAACAUGGGUACAAGGUCCUUGUUGAGGAUGGUUGUCGGAGGCCCAUGGCUCCAGAAAUCUAGCACCAAAGUAUCUGUGGUAUUUGAGUGACACAGCUCCACCACUCUAAAGGCUGACAUGACUGGCUAAAGAAACUCAUCCUAACAUGUAGGUUAUGCAGCAGCACCUGAGGUUACAGAGUUUCAUUGAGUUGUGCAUUAUGGCAAUGUUAUGACCAGUCCUCUUUAUCAGCUAGCUGUAUCUACUCUUUGAUUCUGAUCAAUCAAAACAUUUUUAUGAUGGUAAACAACAUGGAAUAUAUUCUUUAAAUUAAUUCAUUUGGAGAGCACAAAGCUUUAGAGUGGUGGUUAAUGGCUGACCAGACAACAGCACAGACAAGAAGUGGGACAACUGUAGAGGAAUCAGCAAGAGGUGUCAAAACACUUGAAGAGAUUUCAGCCAAAUGUAAGAAAGCAGACGCACAAUCGUCAAAGUUAGUUACAAAUAUUUUUCUGUUGAGUUUGUAUGUUGGGUGGCAGUCAGUAAAUACUCUUUAAGGAAGUUUCUGUCAAACCGUGUUUUGUGUAAAUUUUCAUAAUGUGAUGAGACAAAAUAUUUAGUCCGUAAACCAGUUGUUGCUUUGUUAAUUAUACAAUGUGCUAUGUGUAAAUGCAAAAGAAUGAAAGGGUAGUGUAUCAACUUUGACCUGAUUGCUGUGUGCUUUUAUAUUCAGAUUUUCUGUGAUAAUAAGAAAAUAAAUUCAACUACUGAUAGCUGGAUGAAUAAGUUCCAAGUUUGCAUUCUUGCUUGUGUUUUCUGUGUAUUUUUCUCUCUGCAUGAACUUUUUUUUCUUCGAACAACCAAAGCCAACAAUGAAAAAAAAACACCCAAACAUUCCUGGAUUGAAGUUUAUUUCAAUUUUUUGAUAAUCUGUUCUCUUUUUCUAGGUGAGCGAGACUACGGCCCUCCCAUCGACCUGUGGGGUGGGGGCUGCAUCAUGGCAGAGAUGUGGACCAGAAGUCCCAUCAUGCAAGGAAACACAGAGCAGCACCAGCUGACCCUCAUCAGCCAGCUUUGUGGCUCCAUCACUUCAGAGGUAACGCCAUUUUUCAGCAGAGUUUUCUACCUUUGCAUCGUUCUCCUCUUUCCUGUCGACUUAAUGCUGCUCCGCUCUCUACCUCUUCUCAGGUGUGGCCAAGUGUGGAUAAAAAGUAUGAGCUCUACCAGAAGAUGGAGCUCCCUAAAGGGCAGAAGAGGAAAGUGAAGGACCGUCUUAAAGCGUACGUCAAAGACCCGUACGCUCUGGACCUCAUCGACAAACUCCUGGUUCUGGACCCGGCGCAGCGCAUAGACAGCGACGAUGCGCUUAACCAUGACUUUUUCUGGUCAGACCCGAUGCCAUCAGACCUUAAAAAUAUGCUCUCUACCCACAACACCUCCAUGUUUGAGUACCUGGCCCCGCCCAGACGAAGAGGUCACAUGCCACAGCAGCAGCCAAACCAGAACAGAAAUCCAGCAACUACAAGUCAGACUGAGUUUGACAGAGUGUUUUGAUUGGAUGAGAAGGUUUAUGGAUGAGUUAAGCUGUAUGAUAUGACCUCUUCUAUAAAGAAAUGCUCCACAUCCCUUUUGUUUGGCAGACAUUCACUCCAGGAUGAUUCUUUAGGUUUGCAGGAGAACUGGGUCACUGGAGAAGGUGCAGAUCGCUCAGGCUGAACCGGAUCAGGACUGUUAUGUUGAAGUUUUGCAGAGACCAACUUCAGUAUGUUUUCUCUGCUUUAUUUUUUUUUUUUAACCUGAAGAGACUUUAUAAGCAUAAAGAGACUUUAUGAAACUUGAUUAAAAAAAUCAGAUGACAAACUUCAAACCCAUGCACAGGCCUGGAUGUUGUAGCAUGGCAACUGUGAAUGAGGAACACAUGAUGAAUCUGGUAUUUGUAGUUUGUUUUUUUGUACUUGUACUGUUAUUGUCAUUGUUUUGCAUCAAAUGACUUUUUUUGCAGGCUGUGCAGUAUUUUGAGGUUUUUAUUUACAAUGCAAAACUGUUAUUUACAAGGCUGCCACUGAUAUUUUUGAUGUCAUGGGGUGACUCAAAAUAAAGUGGCUAUUUUUUACUAAUAUUUUGUCUUUGCUUUCAUAGGAGUGAAGAACAAAAAGGAUUUGUGCCUAAGUGAAAACAACAUAUUUAUGACAUUUCAGCAGGACUGUAUCACAGUUGAGGAUAUUUCAGUCAGGUGAAAGACUCACCAGCAGGUGGCAGCAUCAUAUUACCAAUAUCUUUCCCUGAUUCUCUUCAGGUCAGGCUCUCUGUCUGACUCCUGUUCUCUGUUGCUUUAUUCCUUUCUGAAUUAAAAAAAACAAACAAAAUAUUUACAUUUAUAGUUAA